AUGUCGAUGAGCCCUAAGCAUACGACUCCUUUUUCUGUUUCCGAUAUCUUGAGUCCCCUUGAGGAGAGCUAUAAGAAAUUAAGUAUGGAGAAUAACAACUUGGGGGCACCUCUCACUUCUUACCGGCAGCCGCAGGUUUCUCAGGCGGCGAUGCAGCAGCACCACAUGGGCCAUAAUGGGACUGUGUCUGCGGCUUACCAUAUGACUGCGGCAGGUGUUUCUCAGCUGUCACACACGGCCAUGGGGGGCUACUGUAACGGCAACCUGGGCAACAUGGGCGACCUGCCGUCCUACCAGGACGGCAUGCGGGGCAGCGCCACGGCCACCGGCUGGUAUGGAGCCAACCCAGACCCGCGCUUCUCCACCAUUUCUCGUUUCAUGGGCUCGUCGUCGGGCAUGAACAUGGGCAGUAUGGGCAGCCUCAGCUCCCUGGCAGACGUGGGCAAAAGCAUGGGCUCUCUGUCCAGUACCCCACGGAGAAAGAGGCGAGUGCUGUUCUCCCAGGCGCAGGUCUACGAACUGGAGCGACGCUUUAAGCAGCAGAAAUACCUGUCGGCACCGGAGAGGGAGCACCUGGCAAGUAUGAUCCACCUCACCCCGACCCAGGUGAAAAUCUGGUUUCAGAAUCACCGGUAUAAGAUGAAGAGGCAGGCCAAAGACAAGGUGUCCCAGCAGCAGAUGCAACAGGAGAGCGGCUCCUGUCAGCAGCAGCAGCAGUCCCCGCGGAGGGUGGCCGUGCCGGUGCUGGUGAAGGACGGGAAGCCGUGCCAAGGCACCGGCCACACGCCCACAUCCUCCGCACAGACGCACCAUCAGCAAGGGGGCAAUGUCAUGAUCAUGUCCAACAACACGUCCGGCCUGGGGCAGCAUCAGAACCAGCAGGUGGGAAGCACAGGUCACUCUCCAGAUUUGGCGCCUCACUCCUCCAGUCCGCCGUCACUGCAGGGCCAAGUGGCCGGCCUCUCCCACCUCAACUCCCCCGGCUCAGAGUACGGCUCGGCCCUGCAGUGUUCAGCCCUGUUAUACGGCAGGACGUGGUGA